AUGGAUACGGAUACCCCACCGUUCCUCUUACUCUACUUUCUCCUCCUCCUCCUCCCCCUACUUAUCCCCUCCACUCUCGCCUUCGAUUUCAUCUUCAACUCCUUCAACACCACCGCCAACCUCACUCUCAUCAACGACGCCCGCUUCGAAUCCCCCGUCAUCCGAAUGACCAACGACAACAACAAAUUCUCUUUCGGAAGAGUUUUCUACCCCACCAAACUCCCCAUGAAACCAUCUUCCAAUUCUUCAAACAUCACUUCCUUCUCCACUUCAUUCAUCUUCUCCAUCUUACCAGAUAACCCCAAUAGCCCCGGCUUCGGUCUCGCUUUUGUCCUAUGCAACACAACCUCCCCUCCCGGCGCAUUAUCUAGCCAAUACUUCGGUUUAUUCUCAACCGCUAAAACCUCCACCGUUUUCCCUCUUCUCGUCAUCGAAUUCGAUACCGGUCAAAACCCUGAGUUCAACGACGAGAAUAACAACCACAUCGGAAUUGAUCUCAAUAGCAUCUUGUCCAAAGACCAAACACCUGCCGGAUACUACAACUCCACCGGAAGCUUCGUACCCGUCCAAAUGAACAGCGGCGAAAACAUUCGAGCUUGGAUCGAUUUCGACGGCAAGAAUCUGGAGAUAAACGUUACAGUUGCUCCGAUCGGUGUUUCACGACCUUCCAAACCAACGCUUUCGUAUACAGAUCCAGAAAUAGCUAAUUAUAUUUCUCCUGAAAUGUUCGUUGGUUUCUCAGCUUCGGAAACGAAUUGGAUUGAAGCGCAGAGAGUUAUCGCAUGGAGCUUCAGUGAUUCGGGAACUGCAAGGGAGUUAAACACAGCGAAUUUACCGGUGUUUAAGCGAAAAUCGCGGGCUUCACUUUCCGGCAAAGCGAUUGCAGGGAUUGCAGUUGGUUGUUUUGUUUUUGCUUUUAGUUGUGCGAGUGUGUUUAUAUUAUGUUUUCGGUGGCGAAGAAACAAAAGAAAAGAAGAAGAUGAAGAUGACAUUGAAGAUUGGGAAAUGGAAUAUUGGCCGCAUAGAUUCUCUUACGAGGAACUAAGCGUAGCAACAAAGGGUUUUCAAAAGGUUAUAGGUUAUGGAGGGUUUGGAAGUGUUUACAAAGGGACUCUGAUGAACAAAACAUUGGUUGCGGUUAAACGUGUUAAACAUGAUUCUAAACAAGGGUUAAAAGAAUUCAUGGCGGAAAUUUCAAGUAUGGGAAGGCUUCAGCAUAAGAAUUUAGUACAAAUGCGUGGUUGGUGUAGAAAGGGUAAUGAACUUAUGUUGGUUUAUGAUUACAUGCCUAAUGGAAGCUUAAACAAAUGGAUUUUUGAUAAACCUGCGCAAAUUCUGGGAUGGGAUCAGCGUCGUAGGAUUCUUGUUGAUGUUGCUGAGGGGCUUAACUAUCUUCAUCAUGGUUGGGAUCAAGUUGUUAUUCAUAGGGAUGUUAAGUCUGGUAACAUUUUGUUGGAUGAUGAUAUGAGGGGCAGAUUGGGAGAUUUUGGUUUGGCUAAGCUUUACCAACACGGGCAAGUUCCAAAUACGACACGUGUGGUGGGAACAUUGGGGUAUUUGGCGCCAGAAGCUGCAACAGCUGCGUCCCCAACUUCUGCGAGCGAUGUGUAUAGUUUUGGGGUGGUAUUGUUGGAGGUGGCUUGUGGGAGGAGGCCUUUGGAGACGAAUGUGGUGGUAGAGGAAAUUGUGCUUGUUGAUUGGGUUCGGGAGUUGUAUGCAGGAGGGUGUGUGGUUGAAGCUGCUGAUUCUAGGAUUAAGGGUGAGUAUGAUGUGGAUGAUAUGGAGAUGGUUUUGAAGCUUGGGUUGGCUUGUUGUCAUCCUGAGCCAAAUAGGAGGCCCACCAUGAAGGAGGUUGUUGCGUUUCUUCUUGGGGAGGAUGUGGCAGAGGUGCCCAGGAAAGUUUUGUCCGAUUUGGCUCACGGCGAUGACAAUAGUGGUGUUGGCGGCAGGGAAUCGACUGAAGAGGCCCCUUUGCAUUCCUCUUCUCCUAUUUGA